AUGGAGAUUCUAGCGGCUGCUUGCAACGAUCUUGUUCGAAACGGUGGAGAAAUCGGCAUUGACUGUGAUGGUUCCUGCGUGAAACGAUGUAAUGGUCGAGCUUGCAGUUCACCUAAUGAUUGCUGGAGUGGUGUCUGUGGAACUAAUCAAACUUGCUCAGCGGCUGCUUGCAAAGAUCGUGUUCGAAACGGUGGAGAAAUCGGCAUUGACUGUGAUGGUCCCUGUGUGAAACGAUGUAAUGGUCGAGCUUGUAGUUCACCUAAUGAUUGCUGGAGUGGUGUCUGUGGACCUAAUCAAACUUGCUCAGGUAAAUGA